AAAUAAUACUUAAAAUCCGAUGACUUAAUCUGGCUAAUCAAAUUUCUUAACGCUUUGAUAAGAUUUAAAAUUCCAAAAGUAGCCUAAUCUACUUUAAUCCAUUGCACGGUUCAAUCUAAUAAAAGUGAUAGUUGCCGUUGUAAAAAAUGGCUUUGUGCUGUCGCUUUCAAACCCCGACUAGCGAUGACGAAGAAGCGAGGAAAUACACCAAAGUGUUCGUCGAUACGAAGAAAAUUCUGCUUUUGGGUACAGGCGAAUCGGGAAAGACCACAAUUAUUAAACAGAUGAAAAUUUUGCAUAUCAACGGAUUCUCGGAUGAGGAUCGCAAAGCCCGAAUUCCCAAUAUCAAACAGAACAUCCAUGAAUCUAUAUUCGAUAUUCUCUAUAAUAUGGAUAAAAUUGAUCCACCCGUACAACCAAGACGUGGAGACACCAGAAUUUCGAUCGAUUUUAUAUUAAAUUUGGGGCCCAAAGAGCCAUCAGAAUAUAACGAGGAAUAUUUUAACCAUGUUAAAGCAGCAUGGCAAGAUGAAGGAGUUAAGGAAACGUUUCAACGUUCGAAUGAAUACCAACUCAUUGAUAGUGCAGAACAUUUCCUCAACAGAAUUGAUGCGAUAAAACAGCCAGACUACAUCCCCGAUACGCAAGAUAUCCUAUUUUGCCGCAUUGAGACUAAAAGCAUAUCGAAAAUAGAGUUUGAGGUGCCUCUAUCGAAGUUUGAGGGAAGCAGUGCCAAGUUCUGGAUGUAUGAUGUGGGCGGUCAACGCGGUCAUCGCAAAAGAUGGAUACAAGCAUUUGAUGGCAUCCAGGCAAUACUAUUUUUGAUCAGCGCCAGCGACUUUGACCAAAAAUUGCGAGAAGACCCAACGAAAAACCGCCUACAGGAGGCGUUCGAUUUAUUCAAGGACAUCCAUAGAACCAAGUUUGUUAGAGAGGCGGGCCUGAUUGUAUUCCUCAAUAAGCAGGAUUUGCUGCAGCGAAAGAUUCAAGAACAGCAUAGAAAAGUGGAAACAUACUUUCCAGAGUACGCCAAUUAUAUUCCAUCCAAAAAGGACGAAUGGGAUGGAAGUGACGAGUAUCAGAGAGCCAAACUGUUCAUGAGGCACAAAAUCCUGAGUAUUGCGUCUAUGCCAGUUAAAAUUGAAAAUGUGGGAUUUGUGCCAGGAUACAACAUUAAUGAGGAAUUGUCGCCGAGAGACGUUCAUGUGCACUUCACCAUUGCCACCGAUACGAAUAACAUCAAAAGGGUAUUUGAGAGUGUAAGGGAAAUCAUCCUGACACACAUAACUGGCAAAGUAUUUUCCCUCUAAAAAACUUGUUCAAUCUAUUUGUAAAGUAUAUUAAAUUGUAUCAUUAAACGGAACAUUCUGGCUUGAUGAUAAA